AUGGCUCGCUGCAGGAGUUACUUGCAAGGACUGGAUGUUUGUGUCACUGUGCUACUGCUGGUGUCUGGCAUGGUGAUGAUUGGCUGUGGUUUCUCUGCCAUGGAUGAAAACGUACCAGUGUCUGAGCUGUUUGAGGCACUGUCUGUUAGUGAUGGAUCAGUGAUCUUGCAAGUGUUUGGACCGAUCACAGUUCUACUGUCUGUAGUGGGGAUCUGUGCUGCCUCAUUGGAUGUCAAAAUUCUCCUGAUUUUGUUUUCAGCUCUGAUUUUUGUGGAGUUCCUGGCGCUGCUGAUAGUGGCUUCUUCGCUUGUCAGUGCUCAAGCUCAGCUAGAUGGUGCUGUGGACAAGGUGUUUAUGAACGUGACGCCUCUUUACCAAGCAGACUUCGAAAUCCAGCGGGAACUCAAUAAACUACAAGCCUCGGACUCGUGCUGUGGCUUGAAGAGUUUUGAGGACUGGGACCAUCACUUCCCCGUCUCCUGCUUCUGCAUGUCCCCUACUCCUCCACCCCUAAAUACAGUUCAGAAUCCGAGAAACCUCAGUACAGAUCCAGCUUGUGUGUUUGUGGAACCCUCGGACAGUCACUCAGUCUGGGUUCACUCUGUGCCCUGUGGUCCGAUCCUGAAGAGUUAUUUAAGUUUUCCCAUUAAAGUCCGCAUCGGAAUCAUUUCAGCAUUUGCCACCUUAUCGGUACGUCAGCAGUCACCACCUAUAUUUAGGUAUAUACUUAAGCCUUACUUAAAGCAACAUAGUUUUGUAGACAACUGGUACAAAAUAAUACUUUUUAAUGUCUUGCAUGCCAAAUCAUGGCUGUAUGUUACAGCUGGCAGCCAUUGCUCUCUCUGUGGCUUUGGGUUUGGAGCAAUACUGGAAGAAGCCGGUGAAAACCUCCGAGGACAGUUACACCCGGGUCAACUACGAGCCCCAAACUCUUCAUGACCUGACCUUUGACCGUUGAACCAUGCAACCUUCAAGAUGUUGUUAUUUAUGUGUAAAUAAGUUGAUUAUGUUCCAAGGUGGUGGAGUGAUCGGACGGAUGGACUCUUGAAUAAAAUUCAUUUUCAAGGCUAGAAUCAAGUUCAAAUGCUUCCCAUGCAUGUCAUUGUUUAGUGUGGUAAACCACAAAAAAAGUUCAACUUAAAUUCAACAAAAAAAAAUGUUGAUUUCUUUUGAGACACAGGGCACAAAGGCGUGUUUAAGACCCUCCCCUCCCCACAUCUCCUCAUCUCCUUUUUUUUUUUUACAUUUCUUUUUAACAAUAUCAGUGUGACCCUCAUCCUGCCUCUGCUGCAACAUUGCACUGGUGAGUUCACUUUUCACUCUUCUACACUUGGACUACUGUCAGAAAUGAGAUGUGAUUUAAUUUUGAUUUCGUUCAGGACUAAUAUUUUCUUUGCACAGCAAAAAAAAAAAAAAAGAAA